CCCUCGUUGUGAACGAGCGGGUAAGGCAAACGACCGCAUUAGCCAUGCGGCCAUUCCUCGCGCGCCCCACCGCGCCCCUCGACAUCGCCGACUCCACCCUCGCCCUCCUCCCCCGAUGCCGCACCCACCGCGAUGCCCGUCAGCUCCACUCCCGCCUCGUCACCACCGGCCUUCUCCUCUGCCACCCAUCCAUCCUCCUCCGCCGCCUCUUCGCCUCCCCCCACCCUCCCCUCCGCAGCCUCGCCCGCCGCAUCUUCUUCUCUCUCCCCGCCGCCGACGACCGGCCUUUCCUCUGGAACGCCUUCAUCGGCGCUUCCCGCGACGGAGGCGGUGGACCCCGGGACGCCGUCCUGGCCUUCGCGCUCAUGCUCUUCGACGGCGUCGCCGCAGACAAGUUCGCCUUGUCGCUGGCACUCAACGCCUGCUCCCGCAUACCUUCCCUCCGAGAGGGCUCGCAGAUCCACGCCCUCCUCCUCAAAAGCGACCUCGCCUCCAAUCUCUACCUCCAGAACGGCUUGAUCGCGCUCUACUCCAAAUGCGGGUUGCCUGAGAUUGCGCGACGAGUGUUCGACAGGAUUACCGUAAGGGACGCGAUCUCUUGGAAUUCGAUAAUAGAUGGGUACCUCAAGGAUGGGAACGUGGUAGCAGCCCAAAAGCUCUUCGAUGAAAUGGAUAAUGGCAAAAAGAAUACGGUGACUUGGAAUACGAUGCUUGGUGGCUACGCAGCAUCCAUCGACAGGAUUGAUGUCGCUCGUGAAUUAUUCGAUUCAAUGCCCGAAAGAGACUUGGUUUCUUGGAAUCUGAUGAUCGACGGCUACAUCAAGUGCGGGAGGUUGGUCGAUGCACAGGACUUGUUCGAGCGAAUGCCUGUGAGGGAUGUCAUAUCUUGGGCUACUAUGAUUGAUGGUUAUACAGGAAUCGGGCGCAUCGACUUGGCCAAACAAUUCUUCGAGCUGAUGCCAGAGAAGGAUGUCGUCACUUGGAACAUCAUGAUGGAUGGCUAUGUCAAGAACGGACGUCACCUCGAAGCCUUGAAUCUCUUCACUGAGAUGCAAGCGAAAGGCAACCCUGCUCCCGAUAUAACCACUCUAGCAACAGCUCUCACGGCGAUUGCGGAAUUGGGUCGUGUUGAUGAUGGGAUAGCCAUUCAUGAUUAUAUUGAGAGGACCAAAUUGGCUUUAGAUGGUCAGCUGGGCGUGGCGCUGGUCGACAUGUACUCAAAAUGUGGUCGAUUGGAGGAUGCCUUGAAGGUGUUCGAGACUUCAGGAACAAGUGUGGAUCACUGGAAUGCCAUGAUCGGUGGUUUGGCCAUUCAUGGGCGUGGCAAUUUGGCUCUUCAACUUUUCUGGGAGAUGAAAAGAUGCUCAUUGAAGCCGGACGACAUUACAUUCAUCGGAGUUCUGAACGCUUGUAGCCACGCAGGUUUGGUGAAGGAGGGCUUGAUGUGCUUUGAGAUCAUGAGAAGAGACUAUGCCUUAGAGCCAAAGGUGCAGCACUACGCAUGCAUGAUCGACAUCCUUGGCCGAGCAGGGCAGUUGGAAGAGGCUUUGAAUCUGAUUCGAAGUAUGCCGAUCGAGCCAAACGAUGUGGUUUGGAGAUCAUUGCUUAGUGCUUGUAGGAACCACAGGAAUGUUGGCAUGGGCCAAAAGCUACUGAAAGGUUUAACCCAAGGGGGGGCUUGGGAUUCUAGUACAUGUGUUCUGCUCUCUAAUCUCUAUGCUGGUGUAGGGAUGUGGGGAGAUGUGAGGAAGGUGAGGACGAUGAUGAGGGAGAAGGACCUUAAAAAGGUUCCUGGAUGCAGCUGGAUCGAACUCGAUGGUAUCGUCCACGAGUUCGUCGUAGGGGAUUACUCGUGCCCUCAAGCCAAAGAAGCAAGUUCUUCAUCGGACUUGUUUUGUGCAUCCAACUUGUAUAGUUCAACAACGUCACUGGAAUAUACACGUUCAUGAAGUUUAUUUGUGUUAGUUC